AUGUACGCCUUCAGAAAACAUGCUGCCCUAAAUAAGAAAAAACUUAAUGCAGAAUCAUUUUCGUUUGUGAUGCCAAAAUUAAAUGUCAAUUCAGUAAAUGAAGACCCCACAGCUUCUCUGUUAGAGCAAGACAAACUGCCGAUCUCAAAGAAUUAGUUUGCGAAUGAAUCCGUAAUGAUGGGAUUAAUAUCAAGAUCCUUAAUCAAUUAGAGUAGAAGGUGGGUGUGUAGAGAGAAUAGCCGUAGAUAAAUGUACAAGAAUGGGGAAUUUAGUUGAGUAAUCAUCUUAAAUUAAUUGACGAUAAAAGUAGUCAUUGGAUUAAGAACAAAUAUACAAAAAACGCAAUUGAGAUCAUAAAUAAACAGAAAUUCUCCACAAUAGAGAAUGAAAAAUCGUAAUUGAAGAAUUAAUGGAUUCUGAGAUUUUUGUAAGAAUAUUUUUAAUUAAUUACAGUUCCAAAUUUUCAGUUAUUGAACCGACAUCAAACUGGCUAAAUUUAUGGAGUAUAUUCAUGUCUGUGUGCUUAUUAGCGUAUUUUUACUUUCUUAUGAUAAAUUUAUAUUUUUCUAAAAAUGAGGGAGAUUAGGAAUGGUACUGGGAUUAAUGGAAAUAAGGAUAUACAGGUUGGCUAAAUAUGUUUUAUACCCUUUGUAUGACAUUAGACAUUCUAAUAGAAAUGCAUGUAUCAUAUUUUGAAAGGGGGGAAUAUGUAAAAAACAAAAAGUAGGUGUACAUAAAUUAUUUGAAAACUGGGUUUUUCUUUGACUUUAUUCCACUUUUUGUUUUAUACCUUUGUCUCAUAUCAGAGUAAGUGAACGAGUCAACAAUCAUCAGAUAUUUCUUCUUUUUAAAAUUCUAUAAAUUGUCAAUUUAUGAUUAAAGAUUUUAGGAAAGAGUGUAAUUGCAUAGAAAAUCAAAAACCAUAUAUUUGAUAUUUAAGAUAAUUGUUGAGAUUCUAAUUAUUGUCCAAUUGAAUGCUGCUUUGUUCUAUAGAGCAGGAAUUUACAUGUAUGACAUGAAGUAAGAAGAUGAGGAUAAUUUUAAUUGGGGCACAUGGUUAGAGAAUGAUAUGUUUAAUGGUGAAAUUUACAGUAAGUCAUUGUAAUCCCAAUAUUUCUUAUCACUGUAUUGGUCUGUGGCAACGUUGACAACUGUCUCAUAUGGCGACAUCACUCCAGCAAACCCUCUUGAAAUUCUCAUUAGUACUAUGGCUAUGUUAAUAGCUAUCUUUUUGUUCGCAUUGAAUGUGCAGACUAUCUAAGAAGUGUACUUGGAAUAUAAGGCAAGUAAGAAAAAGUUUUAGAAGUAAAUUAAUUUGUAAUAUUAAUAAGACAUCUUAUAGCUAUCAAUAGAUUUAUGAGAGAUAAGUAGAUUUCUGUGUCAUUAUAGGCUAAAAUUAGAAAAUAUUUGGAUCACAUAUGGGAUAAGUAAAGAGCAAGAGAGUAGAAGUUAGAAUAGGUGGUUAUAGGUUCAUUAGCCCCGUCUUUAAGAUAAGAAUUAAUGUUUGAAUCCUACGGGAUGGAUCUAAUUAAGAUACCAUGGAUGAGCGAUAAUUUUACAUUUGAAUUUAUCAAGGAAUUAUCGGAAGAAUUAAGAGAAGUCUAUUUUGCAGCUGAUGAAACAAUCUUUCUCGAUAAAGAGGCAGUUCAUGAUGAUUACUCAUUUUAUAUUGUGAAAGAGGGCCAAGUUGAUUUAUUUAUUAAUAGCAGUAGUGCAACCUAACCUUUGGUUGCUCAUUUGAAAAGUGGGGCAGUCUUUGGGCAAUAUUCCUUCAUUACUGGGGAUGGAAGAUAAUGUUCUGCCAAAACCAGGACCCAAACUACUUUAUAUCAAGUGAAUCGGACAACUUUUAUCAAUACCUUACUGAAGUUUGAAGCAGACUAUGAAAGAUAUUGUUAAUUGAAAGAUUUAGUUAUGUUGGGCAAAAGAUAUGAUUUAUUGGUAAGAUUUCACAUCUAUUGGUGUAGCAAUUGAGUUGUUUUACUUGCAAUUUGGCUGAUCAUAUGAGUAAUUGUUGUCCAUUGACUCAUUUCACCUUUGAAUCUUAAAAGAAUGUUAUGGGUUCUUAGAUUGUCAAAAAUGAAUACAAAUAAUAAGACAGAACAAAGGCAAAAAGAAGAAAAGCAAAAUAAAAAAAUAUUAUUGUAAAUGCAGAUGAAUUUGAAAUUGAUGAAGCACAGUUAAGUGAACUUCAAUAAUAAUAUGUUGAAAAACCAAAUGAUAGUUAUGACAUUGAUAAAGUUCAUAGUUUUAAAUAUUACUUUCCUAGCUAGAAUAUUGACACCUUCUAUUUUAAUCAAAUGAGGUAUCCUUCAAUUAAUACUUUAGAAAUAUUUCAUUAAACCAUAAGAAGUAUUUUACGCCUCCGCUACGACAUUAGAUAGUACCGAAAUGAUAC